CCAGCUUGCACCGGUACAAGCGAAACCUACGGGGCCGAUGACUCUCGACCCGGAGUCCGCGGGGGGCAGCCUCCCCGUCAGAAAUAGUGUGGCGCUUGCGCGGUGCCGUGCGCCCGUAAAUAAGAAUCAGCGCUCAUGCGCGUCGUGGUCCUGGCCGCGGUGGCCGCGACGGCCGCGGUGGGGCUGCGCACUCAAUACGCGGACUACGACAAGCUGUGCAAAGCGACCGCCAACGGGACGGUGCCAGAGGCGCAGACGCACCGGCGCAAAAAGGUGCUGCUCAACUUGCACUUCCAGCACGGCGCGGGCACGUACUUUUGCCACCUGGCCAAGGUGAACUGUGAGCGCGUCUGGGGCUCUGCCUGCAACCACUACGGCGACGGCGGCACGUCGCCGCACCACAUCAUCGUACGCGACUGCGCCGAGAGGCGGCAUGAGAUCACGGUCAGCAAACCUUCGUUCGUCGGCCUCGAGCGCGGCAUCCUCAGCGGCGAGUGGUGCCCGGACCUUUAUGAUUAUGUGGUCAUCGUCCGGGAGCCCGUCUCGCGCCACCUCUCGCGGCGGGUCAUCUGGGGCACGAACAAGAAGAUCCUCGACGCGCUGCGGGAGCUCCUGCCGCUGGUGGGGCCCCCGGGCGCCGCGGGCGCGGUCGCGCCGGCCGACGUUGGGCGGCGGGACAGCAUCCUCAGUCGCCUGCGCGACGCCGAGGAAGCGGCCCAGGUCGCCCAGCUAGACAACUUUUACACGCGCGCGCUCGCCGCCAACACGUCCGUGUACGAGGGCGCCUUCGGGGCCACGUGCACCUCUGACCUCGACACGGCGCUGGCGCGCCUCGAGACCUUCAAAUUCGUCACAUCCCUCGACUACAUCAAUGACCACACGGCGGACGCCCGCCGCCUCUUUAGGCACUCCGUUCUGGGCUGGACGAACUUCUCGAAUGCAGCCAUUAACGAGCACCACGCUGGGGAGAAGGCCCCGACGGACAUCCUAAGCACCGCGGAGUUGGCGCUGCUCGCGGAUCUGAACGAGCUCGACCGGGCUGUUUGGGCGUACGCCGACCGGAGGGCGCUGCGGGAGGGGCUCGAGGUCCUCGCCCUGCUAAAUAGAUGAAUAAGUGUGGAAAACG